AUGUGGUGUCGACUUAAACGACUAAUUAGUAUGAGCGAUUCAUUAUCAUAUUUAGUAGAUAAUCGAUGUCGUUAUAGUGGUAAAAGAGGAGCAAAUAGCGAAUAUUCGUCUGGUGCAAUUAGUAAUGCACAACAUAAAACAGCUGGGAUUAUCAUAAUUGGUGAUGAAAUUUUGAAAGGUAUGACAACUGAUGUGAAUUCAAACUUCUUCUGCAAAGAGUUAUAUGGUCGAGGAAUUCUGCUGAAAAAGAUAUCAAUAGUAUCUGAUAAUAUCGAUAAUAUUGCGUGUGAAGUUAAAGAGUUUAGUGAACGUUACGAUAUUGUCUUCAGUUGUGGUGGUAUUGGACCUACGCACGAUGAUCGCACUUAUACUGGAUUGGCAAUUGCAUUUAAUGAUGAAUUGAUGAUAAGAGAGGAUAUGAGAGAAUUGAUUGAACAUUUUAUGCGCAAUAUGAAUAAAAUCAUACCUGAUGGUGGUUUGAAACGGAUGUGUACUAUACCAAAAAGUGCUCGGUUGUUAUGGAGUAAAGGAACAGUUUUUCCAUUGGUACAGAUGCGAAAUAUCUACGCAUUUCCAGGUAUCCCGGAAUUCUGUAGUGAAGCAUUCAAAGAAUAUGAAAAGUCGAUAUUUCCAUCUCAUGCAGCCAAGCCGUUUUACUCAUCCAUUCUUCAUAUUAAGACUAUGGAAUUGCAAUUUUCUGAUGUAAUCAUGGAGGUGGCAAAGAAAUAUAGUUCAAAAAAAGUUUCUAUUGGUUCAUAUCCUGUGAGAAACAAUCGAUAUUACAAAACAAAAUUAUUGAUCGAGAGUGAAUGGGCAGAUAUGGGCGAGAAAGUUGUACAGGAUUUGAAAGCUUCUUUGAAAGAUCAGGUGACAUACUUUGAUGAACAGCCAUGGGUAGAUACGGUGCAGAAAUUCAACGCCUUUCGAGAAAGGGAAUUAGCCAGAGGCUUAAACGAUGGCUUUGUAGAUCGACUGGAUGAUGCCAUGAGCUGCAUCAACAAAAUAAUUUCUCUUAAUCUAUUAGAUGAGAUAGCGAUAUCUUUCAAUGGUGGUAAAGAUUGCACUCUCGUCCUACAUCUUCUACGUACUUCUAUUGACAAGAAAUAUGGACCUGGGCAGACUAUACUUGGCUUUCAUAUAGUGUGUGGUGAUAGUUUUCCGGAAGUGAAUCAGUUCAUCAUUGACACCACUAAACGAUACAAUAUUAUAGUACUGGAAACAUCAGGUCCAAUAAAAGAAGGUCUCGUACAAUUGAAAGAUGCGAGACCGAAAUUAAAGUGUAUAUUUAUGGGCAGCCGAGCUACUGAUCCCAGUGUAUCAUCCAUGAAAUCCAAAUGUCAAUUCACAGAUGCUGACUGGCCACGUUACUUGAGAGUUUGUCCAAUUCUGGAUUGGAGCUAUGAUGACGUGUGGCGAGCGUUACGUGGUAUCUGCAUACCAUAUUGUCCUUUGUAUGAUUUAGGUUACACAUCUAUUGGAGGGCGUGAUACUACUCGUAAGAAUGAAGCAUUGAAAAUAAUUGCUGAUGAUGGUUCGGUUAUUGGUUACAAACCCGCCUAUAUGUUAGAAACUGAUACAUUGGAGCGAACAGGAAGAAAUUGA